UAUUAUGGAGUUCUUUCCUCAUCCAAUGACUUUCAUUUUAAUCUUAUUUAUUAGUUAUUUCUUUUGUCUUGGUAUAGCAGCAGAUUGUGGCGGGAAGAAUGUUGCAUACACCAUUACUGUCGGUCGGAAUGGUAAAGUAACAUUUAAAACAAUUCAAGCUGCCAUUGAUUCUAUAAAGAGUAACAAUGAUCAAUGGGUCAAGAUUCACAUAAAAGCUGGCUUCUAUACAGAACAAGUUCAUAUUCCUCGAGAAAAGCCAUGUAUCAUUUUAGAAGGUGAGAACAGUCAAAACACAAUCAUAAAUUUCUCGGAUCACUACUCUGUCCCGCAAGGAACAAGUAGUACUGGUACAUUCAUUUCAUGGCCAUCCAAUGUGAUUGCAAGUGACAUUACUUUCAAGAACUCAUAUAAUGUGGACGAUAAGGGAAACAACAAAAUAUUUCCAGCAGUGGCAGCAUCAAUAUAUGGAGACAAAACUUUCUUGCUUAGAUGUAGUUUUAUAGGUUAUCAAGAUACUUUAUUUGAUGUAAUUGGACGUCAUUACUUUAAGGAUUGUUACAUUCAAGGUGAAAUUGAUUUUAUUUUUGGUAAUGGACAAUCUUAUUAUGAGAAUUGUUUGAUCAAUGCUAUAGGAAGGAAUAAAAAUUUAGCAGGUUUUGUCACGGCUCAAAGUAGAGAUUCACCAAAUGACCCAGGUGGCUUUGUAUUUGAAGGGGGUUCCAUUGUAGGAAAUGGUAAAGUAAAUUUAGGAAGAGCAUGGCGUGCUUACUCUAGAGUUAUAUUUCAUAAUACAAACUUUUCUUCGGUGAUAACUCCUCAAGGAUGGAACAAUUUCGGUCAUGUUGGUGAAGAGAAUAAGUUUACUUAUGCUGAAGUUGAUUGUAAAGGACCAGGAGCUGAUACUUCAAAACGUGUUCCAUGGACGAAAAAGUUGAAUUCUGCACAGUUACAAGAAUUUUCUUUAGCAUCUUUUAUCAAUAAAGAUAGUUGGCUUAACAAUUUACCAAUCAUCUCCUAAUGAUUUAUUUUCCUCAACUUAGAUUAAAUUUUUUUAUAUGGAUAAGUUUAGUUGGAUGAUCUCAAGUUAUCAAUCUUUGUACGCUCAACUAAAAUAUAAUACUUUUCCAUAUG